AACCUGAGCUAGAUUGAGACUUCCUCUCUCUCUCUCUCUCUCUCUCUCUCUGCAUAAGAGACUACCGAUCUUUUGAUAAACAUACCCUUAAAUUGGAACUGAGCGGCCUAAUCAUACAAAUUUACGUGUAGUUCACGGAACACCAGUGUCCUAUAUAAACAUGAAAGCGUUGUGCCAUCUCUGGAACCAUUAGCAUUUAGAAAUACAUAUACAAAAACAUUUAUCUGCAGGAAACGAACUAGGACUCUAGUUUUCCCAAAAAUUGCAUAAAUUAACUUCCUCCUCUUCCUCCUUGUUCUAAAAUUCUUCUUCUUCUUCUUCUUCUUCUCUGCAAUAGAUUGCAGUUCUGCUCAUCUCCUUCUGCAACUCUCCAACAUGGAGAACUGCCAAUUAUUUUUCCCCGGUUCAGCAACACCUUCAUGUUCUCCAUUUUUUACUAACAUGCCAAAUUCUCAUCCCUUUUCUCAUUUGGAUGGAGCCAGAGGUAAAGGGUUCUUGGAGUUGAAGACAGAGAACACAGUUUCCCACUCAGAUGCCCAAACCAGUUCUGAUCAAUGGGGUUUCUGUGAUGAUUCUGAAAGUAAGGUGGUGAGAACAGGCAAGAAAGAGUGCUGCAGGAAGAAGAUUAAAAUGCACAGGUAUGCAUUUCACACAAGAACCCAGGUUGAUAUUCUUGAUGAUGGAUAUCGAUGGAGAAAGUACGGGCAAAAAGCAGUGAAGAACUGCAAAUACCCAAGAAGCUAUUACAGGUGUACACAUCAAGGCUGCAAUGUAAAGAAGCAAAUCCAGCGGCUUUCCAAGGAUGAAGGAAUUGUUGUGACAACCUAUGAAGGAAAACACACACACCCCACCCUGAGUUUACCAAUUGCUUGGCAUGUCUCUUGAUGCAGCACCAAACGAAAUGCCCACUUUUUAUUUUUAAGCUUGCAGUCUAAUUUCCCCAUUUUUGUUUUUUUUUCUUUUUUGUUUACUGGAAUUUGUAUUUUCUGAGAAUAGUUGAGAAGCAUUAAUAAUGGCAUCGGCCCCUGCAAUACUCUUUUAGUUCCA